AUGAGGAGCAUUCUAAAUAGCGUGUUUGUUGUGAACCAGAACGUUGGCAAGAACGCAAAGUGUAGGAGAUUCGUUUCGGCCACAUGUAAAGUGAGAAGUAUUUUCGACAGUAAGUAUGUGUUCAAGGGCACGGACUCCUUCCUCUGGAGUGCAGGGCGGAAUCCACAGCAGGGGAGUGUCCAUCUCACGGGGAAAAAUAAAAAAGGCUUUUCAACCUUUAUGAAGAAUGUUAUCGAGCAGGUCAAAAAAGACAUGAAGGAAAACAAGCAGUACCAGGAGGCCCUGAAGGAGUUGAAGGAAAAAACCGAAAUAGACCACAAGGCGGUGAAGCUGAAAAAAAAAAUCGAGGAUAACAUAAAUCUCCUAAAACACAUAAAGGAAAAAAAUGAAGAAGCAGUGAAGCUUCUCUACAAUGACGUCAAUAAUUUUAUUCGCUACUGCUUUGAAAAUUACACACUUUUUAGGUUUUCCAAAAAUGCCACUGUGAAAUUUUUUCUGCUUCUGCACAAGUUCCUGCUGUGCACGAGCACCAAGUUAACAGAAUUGGCUGACAAGUGGAACGAGAAGAACAGCGCCUUUGUGCAGCUGGACAAAUGGAGGCAGGAAAUGGCCAUCAGGCGGUACAAAAAGAGUGCGCGCGCGGGGAGCGCAGGAAUGGGAGGAAUGGGAGGAAGCGGAGGAAGCGCGGGAAGCAAUACGGAGAACGCUUCGGACUGCGGCGCUCCCCGCAGUGAUGACCUCGGCACGGGGGAAAAGGGAUCCCUGCCAAACCAGUCCAGCACGGAGAGUGCAAACAAAGCGAGGCAGCCUGGAGAGCACACAGAGCAGGGAGUCGCUGAGGACAAACCCGAGAGCACCGAACUGGUACUGGCACAGGAGACUGCAUGGGAUAAAUUUGGAAGCAAACUGAAAGACAUGCCAUUUUUAAAUAACUUUUUUGAAAAUCCCAUUUUGGGAAAAUUAUUUGGGGAAACGGAAUUGGCAGCAGCACUGAGGGAGAUGAAAAUGCACGACAAAAAUUUUAAGCUGUGUGAAUUGAUGUACCUGUUUGAGUACGUUAUUUCGAAGCACAUCGUUGAGUCUUACCUAAUUGGUGAUGAAGAAACGCUCCGGCUGCAUUGCGGGCAGUCAGCUUUUAACUCGCUAAAUGCAAGCAUAACCGAAAGGAAGAAAAAAAAAGUAUACCUGGAUACGAAUGUACUGAUAUAUAAAAAUCACGAACUAAAGGGGGCACAGAGAAUGGAGGAAAGCUCCCCUUGGUUUAUCUUUACCUUCCACACGCAGCAAAUAAAUUGCUUAAAGAAUGCGAAUGAUGAAAUCAUCGAGGGGAACAUCGACGACAUUCGCGAGGUGGUUUACACCAUUGCUCUGUCCAAGCACCCCGAGCCGGAGAGGGAGGGCCUGCUCUACCCCUACAUCAAAACGCCUACACUGCACAUCGCGGUAGGCGUGUUUGGUUUGAUUUAA